GUUUCAGAACUUCAGGAUUCACGUAUCUUAUGGCGGCGGCAACAAGUGCGAUCCACCGAGUGGACCCCUUCUUCUUGGCGUUGCUUCGAACCCGGCAGCGGCGAUUCCAAGAGAGCAUUGACAUAUGCACGGACAUUCUCGAUCAAAACCCCUACGAUCAAGCUGUGUGGUUUGUCAAGUGCCGGUCGCUUACCCAGCAAACGUACAUGGACGAUUCAGAAAUGGAAGAGGAUGGCGCAGCAGAUCUUCUCUUGGACGACAAUGUCAUGGCUCAUAUGCCUCGGCCCGGCACGUCGCUCAGCCGCCCCAUGACAAGGUCGGGCAAUUCAGCUGGAGACCAAAGCUUUCGUCCCAUGUCUUCGAAUGGCCGGCCCUUGAGCGGUUUUGCUCGGCCUGGAACGAGCUCGCGCCCUGGCAGCGGCAUGUCCAUCGAUCAAGCUAUGCAGGGUAGCCGGCCAGGCACGUCGCGGCCGCCGACAUCGUUGGGACGUCAAGUUCGCCUUGGCACAGCGUCCAUGCAGAACAGGGACGAUGGUGGGGUCUUUAUCAACCCCGAUCGUCUCGACUUUAAGCGAUACGCAACCCGUCCGCCCAUUGCCAAGGCCUUGAUCGAUUACCUCUUGUACCACGACCACAAUCCGAAGAAAGCGCUCGAGUUGGCCGCCGAAGCUACCGUGGCCGCGGAUUACAAGGACUGGUGGUGGAAGGCGCGUCUUGGCAAAUGCUACUAUCAGUUGGGGCUACUUCGGGAGGCCGAGAAGCAGUUUGACUCGAGCUUGCGCAACCAGCCGAUGGUCGUGACGUACUUGGAGCUUGCCAAGGUGUACCUGAAACUCGACCAGCCCAACACAGCUCUGGAACAUUACGCCAAGGCCAAAGAAAAGUUCCCCGAAGACGUGCACAUUCUCAUCGGGAUCGCCCGCGUGUAUGACAUGCUCAAUGAUACGGACCACGCUGUAGAAGCGUACAAGCAGGUCCUCGCUUUGGACCCGGCCAACAUUGAAGCGAUUGCGUGCCUAGCGUCCAACCAUUUCUACACCGACCACCCUGAAGUCGCGCUCCGCUAUUACCGCCGCCUCCUUCAAAUGGACGUCAAUACAACGGAACUGUGGUGCAACGUUGGCCUUUGUUGCUUUUACGCGUCCCAGUAUGACUUGACGCUGUCGUGCUUUGAGCGUGCGCUGGCGCUCGCGUCGGACGACAACAUGGCGGACGUUUGGUACAACAUCGGGCAAGUGGCUGUGGGCAUUGGCGACUUGGGGCUCGCGUACCAGGCAUUCAAGAUCGCCGUCUCGGUCGACAGCAACCAUGCCGAGAGCUACAACAACCUUGGGGUGCUCGAACUACGAAAGGGCAACGUGGACCAGGCGCGCGCCCACUUUCAAUUUGCUGACGGCCUCGCGACCUUUAUGUUUGAGCCCACGUACAACCGCGCGUUGCUCGCGUACAAAAUCGGCGACUUCCAAGACGCAUAUGCCAAAGUGUCCAAGGCGCUUCAGGUGUACCCUGAGCACGCCGACUCGCUCGAGCUCAAGCGACAGCUGGAGGCAUUCCUGACCAUGAUCUAGCUUGUCCGAGGCCACACAGUCUCGCCAGGCCAUCCACCGAGACACCUCAUGGCCGGCAGUGCAUUCCCAACCACCAUUGAAUCAAUCAUGAAAAUCGUCGUGUCGUUGGUUCUACUUCAAGACUUUUUGUGAAAGAAAUCGUGGUGGC